AUGGUACGCCCUUCAAUCGAUCUUGACACUUAUAAAGAUGAGAUUACCGCCCUUUUUAACCAGCAAUAUACCUAUGAGGCUAUCUGCCUAGAACUUGCCCAGCGCUAUUCAAUCGAAAUUACACAUCGUACCCUUACCCGGCGUCUUCAGCGAUGGGGUCUUCGCCGUCUACCUCCGAAGAUGGUUGAUAAUGAGGGUCUCCGCGAGCGUAUUCAAUCUCUUAUAACCGAUAACUACUCAGAUCAGGAGAUCCUACCAACUUUACAUCGCGAGGGAGUGCAGAUUACUAUUACUACAAUUAGAAGAAUACGGCAGCAGCUUGGUCUUCGCCUACGUACUGAUAAUCCUGAGGCCCAGCGUAUACAAGAGAAUCAGAUGAGAGAAGUUAUUCGGCAAGAGAUUCCGGUUGGUAAUAUAGAAGGUUAUGGGAAAGGCCUUCUAUAUACCCAUCUUCGUGAAAGGGGUUAUCUCUUCCCGCGAGACCGACUAUUCGCUAUCUAUCGAGAUGAACGUCCGGAUGCGCUUCGCCGCAGGAUACUAGAUCUCCAGCGCCAGCGGCAAGCGUACCAGUCACCUGGUCCAAAUCAUGUAUGGCAUAUGGAUGGCUAUAUGAAGUUAUCCCUUUUUGGUAUUGAAAUUUACGCUGCAAUCGAUGGAUACUCGAGAUAUAUCCUCUGGGUCUAUAUUGGUGUUUCUACAAGGACCGCAAUCAGCGUUUAUAAGCAAUACAUUGAAGCAGUAUCGACCUUUGGAUAUCUCCCACAGGUUCUACGUACCGAUCUUGGCGGAGAGACAAUCUAUCUUGGUGAUGCCCAUUGGGCACUUCGCCGCGUGGCCUAUCCAGAUAUACCGCAUACAGAUUGCUAUUCAUAUGGCAAAAGUACUGAGAAUACUCGUAUUGAGGCCUGGUGGGCGCAGCUUUCGCGAUCAAGCGCAUUUAUAUGGCGGAACUACUUUGCUGUUCUUCGAGAUGAGGGUCUUUUCUCAAUUACCAGCCUUCCUGAUCAGAUCGCCCUUCUUGCGAUUUUCAUGCCUAUAAUACGCAUAACUAUCGGUUCCUUUGUGGGUACUUGGAAUCGUCAUCGAAUUCGCGCGCAACCAAAGCGCCCAUGGGUAGUUGCUGGAAAGCCAAUUGUUCUAUAUAACAAUUCAACCCAGGACCUAAAGCAAUUGGCAGAUCCUAUACUUCUUGAGACCUUACGCCAGGAUACAGCCGAUUGGGAUGCAGAUGAGUACCUUCCACCAGAUACCCUAGUAUGGUGUAUGCAUCAGUUAGAAGAUAUAGGGUUUAACCCAUUGAAUCCUCCACCAAGAGACGAUCCAGCUCAGCCAUACAAAUUAAUAUAUAUUGAGCUUAGGCGGCGGGCAAUCUUACAUGAGCAAUCAGGU